GCCGACAUGGCGAAGACGUGGGGCGACGCCUCCCUCCCGCAGGGCAUGGUCACCUUCCUGGUCGGCGACGACGAGGAGCGCAUCGAGCACGUGAGCAAGUGCAACCUCUGCGCCCGGUCCGUUGUCUUUCGGACCAUGUUUGGCAUCGGCAUGAAGGAGCGCGACGCCGCCGAGGUCACGGUGUCCCACACCGACCUCGCCAGCUUCACUGCCCUUGUCCGCUACCUCCUCACCGACAACUUCGACCUCGGCGAGGAGGAGGGCGGCAGGGCGCAGCGCGCGCUCGACCUGCGGGAGCUGGCGCAGAUGUACCAGGUGCCGCGCCUCGAGCUGCUCUGCGCGCAGGCGCUGCAGGAGAGCGUCGCGCCGGCGACCGCCGUGCCGCUGCUCGAGGCGGCGCACACGAUGGGCGACGGGCGGCUCCUCGCGCAGUGCCGCCGCUUCGUGGCCGAUCACCCCGCCGAGGUGCGGGCGAGCGGCGGCGUGGAGCAGCUGCGCGACUUUGGCGUGGCCAAGGGGCUGCUCGGCGACGCGCUCGACCAGGUGGCGGAGCUGAAGGGCGCGAUGCGCGCGCUCCGCGUCGCGGAGAGCUGAGAACGCCCGAUCGAGUACCGGAGCAGUGUGACAGCGCAUCGCGCCGAGUACGGAGGGGGCGCGCUCCCCGCGCACCGUUUUGAUUUGUCUACGCACCCUACAAGCC